CGGGCUUUUGUAGUUUGGCUGGGCCUCCCUGGGGUUCAGGUACCAGGAUGCCCGGCACAGUGCUUGGAGUGGGGCCAGGAGUAUUCAUCUUAGCACUGCUCUGGGUAUUGGCCUUGUUGCUCUGCUUGUUGUUAUCCAGAGCAUCUGGACUUGCUAGGUUUUCUGUUAUUCUGGUUUUCUUGGCUGCUGUGAUCAUCACAUUGGUUCUACUCCUUUUUCCGCGUGCUGGUGAGUUCCCUGAACCUGUUACAGAAGUGAAGAUUGUGGACACUUUCUACGUCGGGCGUUACGUUCUGCUCUCCAUUUUAAGCAUCAUUUUCCUUGGCUGUUUGUUCUUGGUUUUGGUUCACCAUGUCAUGCAACCAGUCUAUGCCAAACCAAUGCGUUCCAUCUCAUAA